CCGCGCGGAGCCUCCCCGACUUCCCCGAGUCAGUCGAGUCCCACCCUGAAGAAUAUGGAGGUGGCCGGAGGCGCCGAGACUGAGAUCCGGCCUCUGAAGCCGUGUCUGCUGCGCCGCAACCACAGCCGCGAGCAGCAUGGCGUGGCGGCCUCCUGCCUGGAGGAGCUGAGGAACAAGGCCUGUGACAUUCUGGCCAUUGAUAAGUCCCUGGCACCAAUCACCCUGGUCCUGGCAGAGGAUGGCACCAUAGUGGAUGAUGAUGAUUACUUCCUGUGUCUGCCUUCCAAUACUAAGUUUGUUGCGUUGGCCAGUAAUGAAAAGUGGACGUACAACAAUUCAGAUGGAGGUACAGCUUGGAUUUCCCAAGAGUCCUUUGAUGUAGAUGAAACGGACACUGGGGCAGGGCUGAGGUGGAGGAAUGUGGCCAGGCAGCUGAAAGAAGAUGUGUCCAGCAUCAUCCUCCUGUCCGAGGCAGACCUCCAGGUGCUCAUUGAUGCUCCGUGUUCAGACCUGGCUCAGGAACUCCGCCAGAGCUGCGUCACCGUCCAGGGGCUCCAGAACACCCUCCAGCAGGUCCUGGACCAGAGGGAGGAAGCCCGACAGUCCAAGCAGCUCUUGGAGCUUUACCUCCAGGCUUUAGAGAAGGAGGGCGGCAUCUUGUCAAAGCAGCAAGAGUCCCAAACUGUUGGUGACCAGACGGAUGCAGUCGACAUGGGUGGUAACAGAGAGAGCUCCUCCACAAUCGCACUCACAAGCCAGAUCCUUACUGUGCUGAAGGAGAAGCCUGCUCCAGAGCUGAGUCUGUCCAGUCAGGAUUUGGAGCUGGUUGCCAAGGAAGACCCCGGAGCUCUGGCUGCCGCUUUGAGCUGGGACGCGGAGAAGACAGUGACGGUGCAGCAGGCCUGUAAUCAGGAGCUCAGCCUGCGCCUCCAGCAGGUGCAGAGCCUGCGUUCCCUCCGGAACCUGUCGGCCAGGAAGAGUUCGCUGCCUGGAGAACGGCAGGAGCCUAAGCGAGCCAGACAAGACCCCACAUAGCUGCAGCCGGAAACCCCGUGGCCUUGUUCUCAUUCUCAGUAAAUACCUUCAGCCUGAUUACUGUAGCUGCUGCCUUAAUACUGUACCCCCUGCCUGAUAGCACCUUCUGGAACAGCCUGGAAGACCAGCCUCCUGCGGUCCCUUCCAGAAAAGUGCUGCCACAUCUCAGCUCCCGCCCUUGCAUUUUUUGAAUGACAAAGCUGCACCAACAAUACCCCACCUCUUACUAGUGACCUGUUCUCAUGGUCUCUGUUUGAAAGUAACGGUCAAGGGCAGUGAAAAGAAGCUGUUGUAUUUCAGACUCACUAUCCUUUUUCAGAAGCUGGAACUGCAGAAUUUUCAACACAGAUAAUGGUCAGGAAGGUGACGUACUAGAGUUGAUUUAUGGCCACAAACUCGUUUCUCAAGUGAAUGAGUUUUUUGGUUUGUGUAAAGGCGCAUAUUAAGUCUGCAGACCAUAGGGACAUAUGGAGAGUCUAAUUCGCCAUUUCUAAUUGUGAAAUUAUAUUUGUUACCACUGUGAAACUGUUUCCAGUUUUCUAAUAUGUUUUAUCAGCAGGGGGUAUGAAAGGUCAUUAAACCGAUCUCCAUGUGAUAUGGCUGUGAGUCUCUCUGGGUGCAAGGCAGAGGCUUCUGGUUUAUAUACAUCCUGUUUCUGCACAAACUCUUUGGGCUUUGUAAUCUAAUUUGGAACAGAUUUUCAUCCCUGUGAAUGUCCAGCAUGACAUUCAGAAGCCAUGCAGCCUACGGGCCGAUUCUUCAACUUGGGGAAUCGUCCUGGACAGGGCACAGAGACCGGGCAUCCCACGGCCUACCCCCACCCACUCGAUGCCAGUGGCCAUCUGUGGGCAUGGAGACAACUGAAAACAUCCCCACAUGUCUUCGGAAUGCCCCUGGAGGGGCACUUAUGCCGGCUGGGGACUUUUCUAGCAGUCUGCUCUGGGUUAGCACUUCUAUACGGGAGCCUCAUACAACUGAGUGAGCCGGUUAGGGUGUGACUUAUCCUCUCAUACAUAGCAAAGCUGUACUUGGCGAGGUUCAGAGAUUUGCCCCGUGUCACAAGGCUAAUUGGAGGCCCGGGAUCCUGGUUCCAGUUCCAGUGCUUUUCCCACUUUUGUGUGUUUUCUCUUAUGUCCACAUGCUCUUUUUUUUUUUUUUCUUUAAUGUUUAUUUUUGAGGGAGAGAGAGAGACAGAGCAUGAGUCGGGGGCGGAGGGGAGGACACAGAAUUGGAAGCAGGCUCCAGGCUUUGAGUUGUCAGCACAGAGCCUGACGUGGGGCUCAAACCCACAAACCACAAGAUCAUGUCCUGAGCUGAAGUCGGACACUUAACUGAGCCACCCAGGCGCCCCAUACUGUCUUUUCUAUUCUACAUCCAAGUCACUGGUCGUGUUACACCAGUGUAACAAGUUGGAAUCCACCCGAACCGGAAAAGACCUCAUGUGUCUACAGCAUAAUUGCCAGAUUUCUGACCACAGGCACAGUGCCGGUGGUAUAAGAGAAUAGCCCCGUGAACCCUGUACAGAUAGCCCAGGGGUAAAGGAAGCCUGGAUUCCAGGAACAGAAUGGACCCUCCACUCACCAGUUAUAGCAACAUCUCCGUCUUUGCCCUCCGGAAUUAAAAAUGUUUUCUCGAACUACGUCUCAAAGACACAGUAGGGCUGCUGUUGGCUGGCCUGGGUGUUGGGACGCCCUACUUGAGACCAAUCCACCAAGCAUCUCGGCUGCACAGGAUAAUGGGGAAAGUGCUGUGGGGCUUGGAGUGAGCCACGCCGCCGGGUGAAAGGGGUAAAUGAAGCGUGAGGAGGAGCGUGGGACCUAGCACAUAGUAGGACUACAGAGAGCAGGUUCCCUUC